GGUAACAGCCGAAAAUUUACCGCAAUUUUGAUGUCUUCAAUCAAAAAAGACAAACCAAGAACAAUAUCAAAAUGUGUGCAAAAUUGUAACAAAAAUACAAAAAUUAGCCAGCAACCCAGCGCCUAAAAUCGCACCAAUCGGUUGUACAAAACUCACAACUCCACCCGCACCCACGACACCGUCCUAGCCGGCGAUGCUUUUGGAGCUCCUCGAAUAUGCCACAAGACUGCUGAGAAACAAUAUGACAACAAUUAUACUCGCAACAACAACGGCAACAGCAACAGCAACAGCGACAAAUAACAUCACAACAAAUUUCAACAACAUCUCCAUCCCAACCGGCGCCACCCCCGUCGUCACCACUACCCUUACAUCACUUCAGACCACACUACGCAACAUGCUACCCGAACGUCCUGCCGCAACGACACCAGCACUUGAGACCUUUAAUUCUACACUUAAGACGCUUUUUAAUAAAACACUCGCCAAUGUGGCGCAAGCUAAUUUAAGCGAUUACACCACACCGUACACGUUGCUGCCGCCCCUCAACAAUGUCACUGGCAUCAGCACGGGCAUUGGCAUCGGCAUGGAGGGGAGUGCGUUGGACAGUGGUGGUGCAACAACGGUGAUGUCGUCUGUUCUACCAACGCUACCUGUGACGCGCUAUACCAUGGAGGCGACUACAUCGUUACCUGCGCAGACAGUGGCCACUUUCAUGGCGGCGGGGCAUAAAAAUCGCGCCACGAUAAUUGUUUAUCCUACAG